AUGUUCAGCAGCAGCAACAUCUUCGCCGUGUGCAUCGCCGCCGCCGCCGCCGCCGUGUCAAGCGGAGUGAGCGCGGAGCAGGAGGUGGCCCAGACCUCUGCCCACAUCCACCCCGGCUACAUCCACAACAACCACGUGCACAACACCCGCAUCCACGGUGUGAUCCCAGUCCCCGGGGUCGUGGGUGUCGGCGUGGCCCCAGGUGUGUACGGCACCGGCUUGUACGGCACCGGUUUGUAUGCUCCCGGCGUCGGUGCCAAUGUCGGUGUCGGUGUGCCGGGCGUGGCUGGCGUCGGUGCCAAUGUCGGUGUCGGCGUGCCUGCUGUUGGCGCCGGUGGUCCCUCAGUUGGAUACAACUCGGCGCCUGCCAAUGCCGUCUCCAACGCGAAUGUGAAUGUCGGUGCGCCAGCCAACGCCAACGCAUACGCCGGCAAUGCUGUCUCGAACGCAAAUGCCGGUGCUCCGGCAAACGCCAACGCGAAUGCCAACACGAGCGGUGGCGCGACUGCGACGGCCACUGCGACUGCGAACGCGAACGCUGGUCCGCGCAGCGCCCCGAACAGUGCAACUGGUGGCGCGGGCGCUACGUCUCAGAAGGCGUACCGUCAGCUUCGCUCGGAGUAA